AUGGUUUUAUUAGUUUUUAACCUUUAAACGUUAUAUAUGCAUCCUAAUCAGUUCAAUUUGACGAGUUAAUUUAGUAAUAAGGAUUUGUGAGAAGUUUCCCAAUUAGUAGUACCAUGGACUAUACUAAAUUAUUUUCAAAGAAAUUAUUUGCAAAGAAAUGUAGCUAUCUGUAGUUUAGGCAGACCAUAGAUGUUAUCCUUUUCUGUGCUGUAAUGCCAAGAUGCAUUAUUAUUGACUAUUAAUGCAAAUAAACAUGUUUUUUAGUGGAGGUCUCAAAUAUUUGGGGAUUUUAGCUAUUUGCAGAGGCAGGAAUACAUAUAGAAAAGUAAAAAAAACAAGACAGGUGGAAAUAAAUAGCAUUGGAGAAAUGAAAAGGGUAAAAAAAUACAGAGGGAGCAUAAAACACACAAAAAUAUUUGAACGUACACAAAUAAAAUGUUAGAAAGAAGUUAUUGAUAAUAAAGCAAUUACAAAGGUUAAAGAACUUGAUGAAAAGAGAUGUAUACAUUUACUUCUGGCUGUCUAUUUUAAUUACCACCAACAUUUAUUUACUGUAUUUUUGUACAUUUAAUUACAUCUUUGAGCAUUUAUUUGUUUCUGUAUUUAUUCUUUUGUGGCAGUAUUGGUCCUCUAUACGUGUCCAAAUUAUUGAGUUAUUUAAAAUACCGUAGUAGAGUUAAAAGUAAAGUUUACUAAUAAAAAGAGUAAAUUUAGUUUCUAAACUUGACUCGCCUACUUUUACUUUGAAAUAGGAUAUUCAUCCGGAAGUUACGUAAUAAUAAUGAAAACCAUGACUCUUCCCUGUAGUCUCGGUCGCCUGUUGUAGUCCUAUCUCUGUGAGGCUUGUGUCCGUCGUCUCGGACGGUUUCUGAGGUCGGCUUGGGUUCGUACGUUCUGUCCGGAGCUGCUUCAGUUCGGUUCCGGUUCUGUUAGAGCUCCGCGAUGUCGGUUCUAAGCAGCAAAGCUCUCCAGGAGCAGCUCUCCGCCGUCCUGGGAGCGCUUACCAAGGCGGCGCUGGCGGAGAUCUGCGAGCUGGUGGAGGAGGGCUACUCGGUGCUGCAGCUGGAGAUCAGCCGGAGCCACAAGGAGAACCAGGACCUGCGGAAGAAGCUGCACCUCAUCGAGUCCAUCGUGGUCCCGGGCGGCGGCAGCGGCGCUGGGGAGAGCCAGGCGCCGGCCCCGGAGGAGAAGACCGAGGCGACAGAGGCUGCUGUCCCACCGGAAACACCGCACAGACAGCGGGACAGAGAGCUGGAGGACGCCGCCGGUGGAUCCGGGGGAGACGGAGGAUCCGCCGGGGUGGAGCCGGAGGAGGUUCCGGAUGUGGUUCUGAUUAAAGACGAAGACUCGGACGGGUUCGACAGCAUCGACGACGGAGAACGGAGGUGCCAUGAUGGCGGAGCGGCAGCCGCCAGCGAAGCCGCCCUCUUGGCUCGGUCCGUCCGCAGGCGCCGCCGCCGCAGUCGGCCGUACGAAGACGGCGACCCGUCGGCGCUGAAGUCAUCCAAACUGUCGGGCGGGUCACAGCAGAACGUCCCGGUCUACAGCCUGGACUCGCCCCGCAGCGAGCCGGGCGGCUCGGCGCCGGAGGACGUCCAGGUGAAGAUGGACGUGAAGAUGGACGCCUCGGCCUGCUCCUACCCGGACGUCCAGCUGGUCCAGGACUGCUCCCUGGCGCCACCGGGCCCCAGCAGGCAGCUGUUCUUCAGCAGCGUCGCCCUGAUGGAGUCCCGGUCUCCCUCCAACCGGGCCGACUUGGACCUGAACCCGUCCUGGUCCAAACAGCCCAAAGGCUCCAUGGCGUUCACCCAGUUCUGCCCCAACGAGAACCUGGAGGGCGACGUGUUCAGCCUGAAGCUGGUCGGUAUCGCCGGCUCCGCGGACGACCACAGCGCCGCAGCCUUCGAGUUUGAAAACGGCGGCGGCGGCAUGCUGAACUUCGGACUGUACGGAUCCUCGCCGGGCCAGCAGCUCUCCACCGCGGAUCCGGACGAGGACGCCCACAGGAAGCGCUGCGUCUGCUCCAUCUGCAACAAGACCUACGCCACGGCGCAGAACCUGGAGGUCCACACCCGCAUCCACACGGGCGAGCGGCCGUUCGCCUGCGACCAGUGCGGCAAGAAGUUCACGCAGUCGGCCCACCUGAGGUCGCACCUGAACGUUCACACGGGGGAGAGACUGUACGGCUGCUCGCUCUGCUCCCGCAGCUUCAUCGUCAAGUACAGCCUCAAGCUGCACAUGAAGAAGUGCCACCCCAACAGCUGGGUCCAAACGGGCCCAACGACUGGGCCCAAACGGCCUGAACCGGGUCCCAACUGGACCCAACAACUGAGUCCCACUGGGCCCAACAACAGAGCCUAAGCAGGCUGAACUGGGCCUAAUGGUUCGCUCCAGAACUUUGUUCCACUCUUUAAACCUUUUCCUUUCUAGCGAAGCGUUAAACAGCCAGAGGUUGUAAAUGAAUUCAGGAGCGGUAUCUCUUUAAGGUUUAAAACUACUCAUAAUCAGAUUUAGAUUUCUUUAAAACCAAAAUAUCAGGUCGUGAUUUUAAACCACCUCAACACGACUUUGGAUUUUUGCACUGGAAAAAAAAAAGAGAGAGAGAGAAAUUGGAGCUUCAGCUUAAAAAAUGUAGUUAAUUUGUCACAUCUAUUCAAAUGAUUGAAAAACUUAAUUUAUUAGCAUUAGGAAUGUUAACGUUUGAUUAACAUGACUUGUAACUAUUGAUGCUCCGUUCUGGUUUUUUGCUGCCGAUUCCAAUCCUGAUCACCAAUGAGGGCCGAUCACUGACGAUCAUCUGGGUUGGCUGUUAAUUUCUAUUAGAUCUGGCAAAAUGUCAAAAAUGAUCUGGCAAUAAAUUUAGACAUAAAACAUGCAAAAUACAACAGCUAUUCAGUCAAAAGGACAACUUGAGAUCAGUAAAGUAAUAUUUAACAGUCAGGCUCUCAAUACCAUAAAUUAUACAUGAAUCAAAUAAAUCAAAUUUAUAACUUAUAACAAAUUACAUUUUUUAAAAGUUCUUUUUUUCAAUGUCGGAGAAACGUUGGAAGAAUCAGAGAGGAAACUCCUUCAUGUUUUAAGAAGUCAGAGGAACAUAAUUUUAUUUAAAACUAGAUAUAAAACUCGUCUGGUUAUCAGAAACUCGUUUUAACGAGAUAAAAAACAGAUUAAUAUGAGUUUGUUAUAGAAAUGAGUUUCAUCUUGUUAAUUAGCUUUCUUAGGAUAUUAAACUCAAACUCAUUUUAAAUCAGUUUCUUGUCAGAGAUGGAAACAGAUAAACAAAAAUGUCUCAUAAUGAAAAACUUUCUUGUUUUAAUGAGAAGUUUUAUGUCCUUAUGGUGAGAAACUUCCUCAUUAAAACGAGAUUCUUCUCCUGAGUUUAUUUCCAGUUCUGGCAGUAAAACGGUUCCGUAGAUUUCUGCAUGUUUGUGUAAAACCACCUAUGAAUUUUAAUUUGUCAGGUUUUAAUGAAGCGCAGUAGCAUUUUUCUAAAUAAUGUAAAAAAUCUUAACGUUUUGAGAUGGAAUCAGACAGAUUAGGGCGGGAGGAAAUGAUAACCGUUUAAUCCAUGAAGUUUAAGGAUUUCAGACAUUUCAGGUAUUUAUGUUCUGAGGAGACGAAGAGGAAACUUUUUAUUUCCCCUUUUAUUCUGGAGCUGCAAAAUUUGAGGGAGUUUUUGUCCUUCUGGUGGGAUUGAGAUGAAUGGUGACCCUUAAUGUCCUAGUAAAAGAUUAUUAGGACCAGACUAGGAAUUCUGUUCUUCUUAAUUAGGAGAAUAAAGCAGUAAUUUUCUGAGAACUCCUAAAUAUUUUUUUUUACUCAAAGCACACAAAAAGUGGAUUCUGCAAAACACGUUCCCUUUAAGACAUCGGCAUUAAAUGAUCAGUAUCAGGACUUAGAAACAUUUCUGAGUCUGUUUUGAAUAAUCAGCCUGAUCUGGUCACAUCAGAUCUUGUUAACUAUCAAAGCUUUUCUCUCAUUAAAACGACUUUUCUUGUAAUUUUACAACAUUUAUCUGGUAAUAUUGCACCUUUAUUCUUAUAUGAUUGUAUUUUUGUUUAUUUAAAAUAUCUCUUAUUCUGGUCCUAAUACUUGAUCAUAAAACUAAUACUUUCCAACAGACUAAUAGCCACCAUCAUGCAGUACCACUCCUGACCACUAGAGGCUCCAAUAAACAGUGUUUGUCUAUUUUACUGCUGUUUGAAUAUUUUGUUCCCAAAAUACUAAAACAAUUACAUUUUA